UGAAGUUGAUCCUGGUCAAAUAUCAGAGAACUUGUAUUCGUCAGUCAAUGCAACGACAUGGUUAACCAAAAAUUUGAUCUGAAGCCUCAGCUUUUUGUGGGCGUUGUCACAAUGACUUGUCGAAUAUCCAUUGGCGGAUUGCUAAGCUUAAGUGGAAUCCUCAUUCCAGCUCUGCAAGCUGAGGAGGACCCAAACUUGAAGAUCAGCCUGAAGGACGGCUCAUGGAUGGUGACUGUUUGGCCGGCAAUGGCAAUAUUUGGAUCCAUGCUUGGUGGAUGGAUAGCUGACACAUUUGGCAGGCGAUCAUUAUUGUUAAUGUGUCAACUGCCAAUUUCGUCGGCUUGGGGUCUCAUUGCCUCGGCACCAAGUUACUGGGUUAUUUUAAUCGCAAUGGGGAUGUCCGGAUUUGGAAAUGGAGCUUUGAACUCGGCGGCCUCGGUGUAUUUAUGUGAGAUAAGCCAUCCCAAAGUCAGAGGAAUGAUGGCAAACCUUCUAAAUAUCGCUCAAAGCAUUGGAAUGCUACUAAGCUACGUUCUCGGAGCUUAUCUUCCAUGGAGAUUCCUUUGUUGGACACUUUUUGGAUUUAGUCUGGUCUCGGCCGUGUUGAUCACCAUUUUCACGCUAGAGACACCGUACUAUCUUUUGACCAAGUUAAGGGUUAACGAGGCCCGAAACAAUCUUCAAAAGCUUCGAGGACCAACUACCAACAUUGAUGAAGAAUUCAACGAAAUCCUUGAGCGAAAGUUGAGACUAGAGGCCAAUAAGUUGGCCAACCAAAUCUCGACCAAGUCCAUCUUCACGUCAUCCAGGUUCUUACGUCCAUUUUUUGGGGCUGGAGUGACCUUUAUAUUGGCAUGUUUCAGCGGCAUAAUGGUCAUUUCCUUGUAUACUGUCAACGUGUUCCAAGAAUCCGGAUCAAGUCUGGACCCUUACCUGGGGUCCAUCUUGGUGAUGUCAUUUCGAACCUUCACAUCUCUCGUGGGGUCCAUUGUGCUAACCGUGUUCAAACGCAGGCACCUUCUUCUUUGUUCGUCUCUAAUAAUUAGCUCCUCAUUAUUUCUUAUGGGAGGAUCAAAUUACAUCAGACGUCAUUUCUUCCACAUCCCAAUCGAAGACAAAACACUUAAUGGAACAUGGUUGGAAAGCAACAGUACCCACGAUCUAUCGGAAGGUUUUAAACCUGCCCUUUGGGUCAGUACAAUCAAUAACUGGAUACCAUUAUUGGCCAUGAUGACAAUGUAUGCGGCUCAUAGUAUGGGAUUUGGAGCCCUGCUAAAAUUGAGUUGUGCCGAGGCGUUCCCGACUGAAAUCCGGUCUAAAGCUAGUGCCAUUGUCUUUGUCUUUGUGGACAUUGCUUUGGCCGGGGUUGGCAAAGCUUUUCCAUAUAUGCUGGAAGCCUUUGAAUUUUAUGGUACGUUCUGGAUAUUUGCUUUGACAACCGCUUUGACGGGCAUUUACGGGUUUGUAACCAUGGUAGAGUCUAAAGGGAAAACUUUGGUGAUGAUAGAAGAACAAUUUGAAGAAAAGCGGAUGAAAAGGAAAAACCUCGUCCUUCAGAAUUCCAUGGAAAACAACAGGGCGCAACCGGAAACUACUCAAGUUAACAGAGUAGGGUGACCAGAUUUGGAAUCCCCUAAUUAGCACCCUAAAAUACAUACGCAAACAUAUUAAGCAAUGUAAUUCAUGCAACUUAUUUCCCUAACAAUUUUCUAAUUUA